UUGCGGGGUGUAAAUCUUAAGAUGUACCCAGGUGAGAUUUUUGUUCUGCUUGGACACAAUGGUGCCGGCAAGAGUACCACCAUGAAGGUCCUGGCGGGAUACAUUUCUGACUAUUCCGGCAGCGUCCAAAUUUACCAGUACACGGAUGUGCGAGACAUGCGGGAGAGAGGGGAGGUAGGCUACUGCCCGCAGCAUGUGGUUCUGUGGGACGAUUUAACUGUGAAGGAGCACGUGAAACUCUUUCAGGCCCUGAAAGCACCGCGACGGCGCAUGGCGGUUUUCCAAAGCACUUCUUCUUCGAAAAAAGCAAGGAAAAAGGAUGGCACAAAGCCGCAGAUGAUAACUGCGUCAGCAUCUGGCGCAACGACUGUGGAACACCACGAUGUGUAUGCACAAGAACAAGCUGCCGUGGAUGAUUUGCUACGGGAGUUGGACCUCUACGACAGGAAGGACACACUGGUGAGAAAAUUGUCCGGCGGACUGCAGCGACUUCUCACUGUAGGUCUCAGCUUUGUCGGAAGUCCGAAGUUCGUGAUCUUGGACGAGCCGACUGCAGGAGUUGACCCGAUUACAACAACGAAAAUCUGGGAAUUUCUUCACCGCAUGAAGCGAGACCGGAUUGUCAUGCUCACCACCCACUGCAUGCUCGAAGCCGAGAGCAUCUCCGAUCGAGUUGGGAUCAUGAAAGACGGCCGCAUUGAGUGCUGGGGCAGCAGCGCGUUUCUGAAACGUCGUUUUGAGUGCGGAUACAAGUUACUGUUGGAACUAAACUCU